AUGCCGCUCACCGCCUCCUCUCGCCGUCGUCGCGGCCGCCGAGGCGGUCGCCGCAGCCGCAAGAAGGGUCGCAACUGGGCAGAUCUGCCGCUGGACGCGAUAUUUGCCAUCCUCGACAAGCUCGACCACGUCGACAUCCUGAUGGGGCCUGGCCAGGUGUGCCGCUCUUGGCGCCGCGCGGCGCGCGACGAGCCUGAGCUGUGGCGCCGCAUCGACAUGCGCGACCACGCCGAUCUCUUCAACCAGCUCAACCUCCACGGGAUGGCGCAGGCCGCCGUCCGCCGCAGCAAGGGGCGCUGCGAGGCCUUCUGGGGCGAGUAUGCCGGCGACGACGAAUUCCUCAACUUCCUAGACGACCAGUGA